GAACCCAGUAAAUAAGUUUCACUUUCUAUUCUUUAACGAAACACCCUUUCCCCAAAACAGCUCAUAUUUUCUUCGUGCUGUCUGAACUGCGUUAUUUGAAAAACUACUGAAGUCAACAUGAUGUGUUUGAAGCUGUGGAAUUUUACAUGGCUUACGAGGUUGUGGGAUUCUAUAUGGCUUAUGUUUCAGGAGAUUUAUAAAUAUUUUAAGGUAGUCUUCAUUGUGAUGGUAAUCCUGAUAUGGAAAAUUUAUAGGCGGAUUAAUGCAAGUAAUACAUCAUCUGAAAGAAUUCAUGGAGCAGAAAACAAGUUAUGGCAGACAUUGCAAAGCAUCUGGCUAUGGCGGAUAUUGCGAAGCAUCUGGGUUUUUAUUAUAGAUUGUAGAAUUUCAAGAACGCUAUGGCGGAUAUUGCGAAGCAUCUGGAGCACUCAAAAAGUUGAAAUGAACAUUUUUGGUGAACGCAGAACCUAUGGCGCAGGACGUGUUUUCCUUAGUAAACUAUCUCACAAGCUGCGGUGUAAAGGUUUCUCACUUUCUGAAGUCAAUGAUUCUGAUUUCAAAAAACUGCUCCUGGUUUUCUGCCCUGUUGUCUCUCGAAUUGGAACUGAUAUCAAUGCAGUGCUUUCCGAAACUAAAGAUUUUGAACGUGUUAUUCUAGUGGUCAUGCAUCACACGCCAAAUCCUCAAUAUAUAUUCACAGACAGCACCAGGUUCAUUGAAAGUCCAAAUGUGAUAUUAACAGUGGACUGUCUUUUUCACGAAAAACAGUUUUUGCUUGAAUGCGAGAGUAAUGAAGUUGCUUUAGAAAAGAUUUCCACCUGUCUCACUGACUUAUGAAAUUAAUAGUGAAGGAUCAUGACAUGCAACAAGAAUGAUGCAUCCAAGGGAUUGUCUCAGAAAACUGAAUUAUCAACACCAUGAAUGACAUAAGAAGAAGAUUUUGUUUUGCAUGAAGACUUCUGUACUUUAAGAAAUGUCCCUCUGUAAUGAUGUGUUGUGUUACCAUUCAUCAUUUUAUUUUUGUGAUAACAACAUGAUUCAUAUGAAUGAUUUUGUAAAGACUUAUCUUUCAUCCCUCUCUCUGUGGUUUUGUUUCAUCUUUAAAUAUUUUUGUUCAGAACUCUUAGUAUUAUUGGUAAGAGUGUCUCUUGUACUUUAAGCUUAAUAAAAGGUUUAUGGUGCGCUUA